AUGACCAAUUUGCUGCUUUCUCGGCAAUAUUGGUCUGGAGGCAAGGACGAGGGAUAUGGUACGGACUUCAGCAAGGCUAUCGACAAAGUCGCCCACUACAAGGUGCUCACAAAACUCUGGGCUCUGGGUAUCACAGGGUCCGCACUUCGCUGGUUAGAAGACUUCCUGAAAGGAAUACCAUUUUCAGUGAGAGUUUCUCAGGCGCAAUCUGCGUGGUACACAGUCACCAGUGGUGUCCCACAGGGCUCCGUUCUUGGUCCACUGUUGUUCCCGAUCUUUGCGGACGACAUACCGUCAACGUUGAGUAGCCCGUUCUCAAUCUAUGCAGACGAACUGAAGCUCUGGAGAACAAUCCAGACAGUGGCGGACCAAUUGUCUCUUCAGGAUGACCUGAACGCUUUGAUGAACUGA